AAGCAAUUACAAUCCACCCCAACCAAUGAAUUCAAAAAAGCGAAGCACACGAAUGCACAAACAGGAGACAGGGAACAGAAUCUUAACCUUUGUGGUAUCACUAAAUAGAGGCAGAGUGCGAGCUCGCUUUACCUAUAUUAUCUCCGUGUUAGCUAGCUUAACAGCUGCAGCAUGACCUGCUUCUCCUGCUUGUAAGUCCCAAUGACAGGCACUUGGGUUUACGAUGGUGGGAAUUAGUUUUACAUUGCUGCCUUUAAUUUAAGUCACAGUGAAAUAAACAAGAUUGAGGAAGUGUGUGAAGAUGCCAGCUGGUGUAUCUUGGCCUCGGUACCUGAGGAUGUUAAGUGCCAGUAUGCUGGCAAUGUUUGCAGGAGCACAGGUCGUCCACCAGUACUACCUACCUGAUCUGAGUAUACCAGAGAUCCCACCAAAGCCUGGGGAGCUUCAGACAGAUCUGCUGGGCUACAAAGUCAGAGAAGAAGCUGCUGCUGCGUUACAGCAGCUUAAAGCUGAACAGAAGGCAGACUGAUAAGACAUUUACUUCCUGCGAUGGACACCCUAUCUAUAUCUAUCUAUCAAGCAGACUUUGGCCAAUUUUUCCGGCUGCCACUUGCCUGGAGUAAAGUCAUUUCAGGGACAUCUGCAAAUGGAUAUUUUCUGUGUUUGAUGGUUUCUUCUAAUGGAGCAAACAGGAGUGGAUUGAAAUGCCACACUGUUGGCGUCUGGCUGCUCGGAUAAGGAUCUUCUCUGAAACAAGAUAAUUUGGUUUAUACAACAGUUGUUAAUACACCUCAUCUUAUAUCUCUUCAUCCCUUUUGAAUGUGUUUGCAUUUUCAGACCGAGUGAUGAAAUAUGUAAAAGAACGUUCCAUGAACACAUGGGAACUGCUAAGGUCAUUAAAUAAUUCAAUUUAAUUCAAAUGUAUAUAUUUUGGUUGUUCGCUAGCAGACAAAAUUAAUUUGAAAUAAAAAUGUACUAAACCUUUGUCCAUUA